GUCACGUGCACGUUGCUUUAUUGGCGGGUAGCUUUGUUUUCGCGGAACGACGCAUUGUCGGUGUUCGUUGACAAUAACAUACCAUGUUCAUCUAUGUGGAGUACGAACAUUCCCUCAAGGCCAUCGUAGUCGAACACACGCGUGUUCGCUGCUCUCCUACGGAGUCUUUUAGUCCGGAGGACACGAAUGACUUCAAUCGUGCCAGGACCUACUACGUUCGAUCGUGCCACAAGGACAGAAUCUAUGAAGCAGUCAAAAUCAUCCACAUGACCGAAACACUGGAGGAAAUGGCCACAUUCAGGGGAAUGAGGCCCCGAAGGCUAGUGGAGGCUGAACAAAAUGACUGUGAAAUGAACACUUGGGCGCCAGCGUGCAGAGAUGGAGAGCACAUUCAGGAACAGCAGAGGCAGCGGCAGAUUGACGACGCCCUUCUUGAGUACGGACUCUGGCCACUGCCCACGAGUGAUCACACAGAGCUCCCGCGGAAACUGCAGGCAGUGAUGGAAGAAGUGGACAGACUCAAACGACAAAGGCGGUGCAGUUGUGCUUGUACAGCAGCCAGAAGUGAUGACGUCAUGUCCAAAAGUGCUUACACUCAACUGAAACGGAAGUAUGAGGCACUGCUAGAAAAGCUUGGACAGCUGGAAAAGCAUAACAUGGAUCACCAGGAACGCCAGAGGCUCAAAAUUUCACACUCUGAGGGGAGCUCGGCCUGUGCCACCGCAAGAGAUGUCCCAGCAGCUGCCGUUCAAGCAGAGGUGUGGGCUGCACAGCAUGUGCUAAAUGGCAAUUCAUCCACACAAGAGGAUAAUCCUGAACCAGAUGUUUCUUCCGAAAAUGUGGCUGAAUCAGCUGAUGAUGACUGUGUUCAUCAGCAGAGAGCGGACCACAGACCCGCAGAAAAUGAUUACAUGGAAGAUGGCAUCAAAACUUUCAAGAUAGGAUCUGCCAGAGAGGAUGGAAAGAUAUAUGCAGGCAGACAUUUCUGGAUUAAGAAGCAAGAUUGGGACACGUUGUUCAGUGCUCCUACUGAUGUGAGAUUUUGUUCGGUGGCUGCAUCCCUGUUUUGGACGCCGGAAGAGCUCUCGGAGCGCAGUGUCACCGGCUUGCCUGCAAGGUAUCCCUCCCCACAUGACAAGACAUUGCAACCAAGACCACCGCUAACACCUGAGAAGCUUGACACCCUGAAAGAUCUAUUUCGUAUCUACGCUGGCAAGGACGCAUUUACAGCGCGAAGGCUGAACGCUGUUCGCAGGCACCUGUCAAACAAGAUCUGUGACAUCCGCAGAGCCAAGUACAGGCGCAGAAGGAAAAAGAAUGCUAACAAAGCGUAGAGGAUGCAAGUUCCAAGAUUGCUAGUGACCAAGAAGCCUGUUCACGCGAUUGUGUUCAGUCGCUGGCUCUGAAGGAGGCCAAUGUAGCUUUUAGUGUUCAGAAAUCAUGACAGCCUUACUGACUCGCAUUCAUAUAGUGCUUAUAUAAGCUCUGCAGUAGCGACUGCAAUGAAGCAGCAUCGACAGCAACAUUUAGUUCCAGAGUUCAGAGGUGAGAAAUCACCUUGUAACCUGGGUUGUCAAAUGGUCAUUUGCUGUCAGAAUUGCCAUUUUUAAUAAAAACUCCAUUAAUAUCAUG